AGGAUUCUGGUAGGCCGGACCGCCCGCCUCCUUCGUCUGACGGGUCCGGUCAUGGCGCGGAUUCUGAUCGUAGGAGCCGGGCUGACAGGUAGCUUGUGCGCUGCGCUUUUGCGCGCCGAGUUUCCCCAGCACCUCCUGCGAGUCGUGGUUUGGGAUAAGGCGCAGGGCGCAGGGGGAAGAAUGUCGACGAGCCGCAGCGCUCGCGAUCCGAAAUGCACGGCCGACCUGGGCGCCCAGUACAUCUCGCGGACGCCCAGCUACGCGAAGGCGCAUCAGAGCUUUUAUGAAGAUUUGUUGUCUCAUGGAGUCCUGAAGCCAUUGACUGUCCCAGUAAAAGGAAUGGUGGUGAAGGAAGGAGUAGAUAAUUUUGUGACACCCCAAGGAAUUUCAUCCAUUGUUAAACAUUACUUAAAUAAGGCAGACGCAGAUGUCUUCUACAAUCACCAUGUUACCCAGAUCUGCCUCAAAGAUGGAAAAUGGGAAGUGGGCACCAGUACAGGCUCUUCUGACUGCUUUGAUACAGUUAUUCUCACAAUGCCUGUCCCACAGAUUCUUCAUCUUCAAGGGGAUAUUGCAACCAUAAUUAACAAAGGUUGGAGGCAGCAGCUGGAAUCUGUGAGCUAUUCCUCUCGCUAUGCUCUGGGCCUUUUCUAUGAAGCUGGCACCCAGUUUGAUGCUCCUUGGGCGGUACAAUACAUCUCCAAUAAUCCCUGCAUAUGCUUCGUCUCCAUUGAUAAUAAGAAGCGUGAAAUAGAGUCACCUGACAUUGCUCCAUCCGUCGUUGUUCAUACCACUGUAUCUUUUGGAACUGAAUAUUUGGAAUGGGACAAAGAAAAAAUCCAGCCGUUGAUUAUAAAUGAAUUGAAAGCCAUAAUGCCUCAGUUGCCUGAACCGGGAAGUAUCAAAUGCCAGAAAUGGAGAUAUUCUCAGGUUACAGAAGCUUUCUCUGGCAGUCCAGGACAAAUUACUCUUCACGCAAAACCUUUUCUCAUCUGUGGAGGUGAUGGAUUUGUCCAUUCCAAUUUAGACGGGUGCAUAGAGUCAGCCAUAAGUGUUGUGAAGGCUUUAAAGGCCAGUUUGUAGGAUUUUCAUUGUUUUCUCUCUGAAUAUCAGUACGUUUUUAUGAUGAGUUAUAUACAUUGAUAUACUAAUGAAUAGGUGUUUGGCUGUUUUAAAUAAAUAAAGAAUGGAAGUCUUG